AUGUCGGCCCCGUCGCCGUCGACGCCGCGAUCGAGCGGCGGCGCCGGUAACGGCGGCGUCCCGCGCGAGGUGACCUGGGAGGGACUCGAUAAGAAGAAAUUCUUCGUCGUCGGCGCGGGGAUGUUCUCGUGCGUCACCUGCGCGCUGUACCCGCUCAGCGUGAUCAAGACGCGGCAGAUGGUGGACGGCAGCGGCAGCAUCAAAGGCGGGCUCAGCAUCGUGAAAGACGUCGUGCGACAGAGAGGGUUCUUCGGUCUGUACCAAGGCUUCGGCACCAUCGUCGUCGGCACGCUGCCCAUACGAAUGGUCUACCUCAGCACGCUCGAGGUGGUCAAAGCGCGCGCGAGGGGGCUGUGCGAGACGUUCGAUCUGCCCCCGAUCGCGCACGGGGUCGCGGACGCGGCCGGCGGCGCGACCGCGUCGAUGUGCUCGCAGGUGUUGGGCGUGCCCAUCGAUAUCAUAUCGCAGCGGCAGAUGACGAGGGGCGUCGUCGUGCGCUCCGCGGACGGGGGCUCCACGACGUUAACGGGGUACCGGAACGGCUGGCACGCGAUCAGCUCGAUCGUGAAAACGGAAGGCGUCCGGGGGCUAUACCGUGGAUUCGGCGCGUCGAUCGUGACGCUCGUGCCGGGAAGCGCGCUGUGGUGGGGAGCGUACGGGACGUAUCAGAGGAUCGGGUGGGGUGAUUUUGCGUCGACGUCGGGCGUUACCGCGGUCGUGAAUUCCGAGCCGUCCGACGCCGUCGCGAUGGGGGUGCAGAUAGCGAGCGGGGUGUGCGCGGGGAUGACGAGCGGGUUCUUCACGACGCCGCUGGACGUCGUGAAGACGCGGUUACAGGUGCUGAGCGGACAGCCGGGGGGGGAGGCGCACUCGUUUACUUCCACGGCGAAGGAGCUGUACAGGGAGCACGGCGCGCGGGGGUUUCUGCGCGGCGUGCGGCCGAGGAUGACGUCCGUCGCGAUCUGGGGGACGACGAUGGUGACGACGUACGAGUUCUUGAAACGGAGCUCGCGGAUAGAAGUGUAG